GACUCUUGUAAAGUCGACAUUCCCUCAGUUGUUACACCCCCGAAGUACCCACAAAUACCUUAAUUGCUCCAUAACUAUAUAGUAGAGAGCAGAGAAGGGCGUUUUUCAGUUAUCGACAAGCCUCGAGAUACAUCAUAACGUAACGAUACAGAUCUCCUAACAUCAGUCAGAGAACGUGAACAUCUCCGUGUCCUUUUGAAGGAAGAUUUUCGCCAUUUGUAUUACUCAUCAAAACAGAGAGCAUUCAAUUAUCUUAAGUACUCACACAGAGUGUCGUAAAGUGCAUCUGUAUUCAUCUUGAAAAUGGCUCGCGUGUCAAGUCAGCAUAGACUAGGUCUUAUUUUUUGUGGUAUUGUGAUGCUCGUGUUUGGUGCUGGAAUUAUUGUUGCUGGUUGUUUGACCGACUACCUGGAUCCUUACGAUGAUUAUUCGAAAGUGGAGACAUUGUAUUACACACAUCCUCAAUAUUGGGUUGGAAUUCCUCUUUUCCUUCUCGGUAUUCACGUCAUGUUUACGUCAUGCAGCAAAGUCAGUCUUUGGUUGGGCCUUGGCUUGUUCUUUGCUAUUUUGGUGAUGGCACUGUCAAUGUUUGCUGUGAUUUUGGAAGGUCCACGAUGGCGAAUUACAUUACAAAACGCAAUUUACAUAACUGAAAACGAUGACAUCUGCGACACUGUAAAUGGCCGGUGUUCGUGCUUACGUCCCGUAUUUCCGAGAGCUAAUUUUGUUAUUUCACCCCUGGAAUGUGAUGAAAUAAGAUACCUCGCCGUGAUGGAUUCUUUUAUCGUCGCUUUAUCUGCGCUCUCGAUUCUCGUCUGUGUGUUCUGUUCUUUCAUCUACUUCAGAAUCCUCGGCUGGAUGGUACACAUCAGUCGUGAUAACCCGAUAGAUGAUUACUAUGCAAAGGCAGCCAACAGUCACUUCAUCAACGGCCAUCACGGAAAGGGCGUGGGGAGAGCCAAUGAAGUAGCUAUGGGAACAUAUCCAAAUUAAGAACAUUUAUAAUGCCAAGUUUUUAUGAAGUCAUAAACAUCUUAAUCACUUCAUUGAAUUCAGCCGUUUAAGAUUGAUACAAUUGUUUUAGCGGGCAACGCGUUUUUCCAAAAUUACAACUUUUCACUAACAUAUUAUGCUCAUGCAGAUAGCAUUUUGCUUUAAAAAGUGAGGAUUUGACGUCUGUGUGAAUGCAUACUGAAAAGCAAAGUGUUUCUGAAUUGCCAUGUUGCUCAAAUACUAAAAGUUAAAAUUUCUUUUAAACGAUCUUUCUAACAUGGUCACUAGAGGUUAAAAAGGCCAAUAGUGUAAACACAAUGCGAUCUGUAGAGAGAAAAUAUGCCAAUAUAUAUCCUAUUUUGCACUGUUUGUAAUUUAACCCAGCUUAAGAUUUAUGUAACCAUUAUUUUGUAAAUAGUUUUUGUAUUAACUCUGAUUCAAUAUACUAUCUAUGAUUUUUCUGUCACUA